GCCAUCUUCCUGCCUCCCGCCGCGCACUUUCGAAGUCCGCAGGCUCCGCCUCCCCGGCGGAGAGGCGGGGCGGCGCGUGCGCGUGGCUGAGGGGCGAGGCUGCCGGCUCCUGAUUGGAGGGGAACCAAGCUUUUCUAUUGGCCAACGUCCCGAAAGAGACACUUUGGACCAAUAGAAGUGUAGCAUUCUCAAUUUAAACUCUCUAAAAAAAAAAAAAAAUCCGGCCGGGUAAACGCUUACAUUGGCGGUAGAGUUUUGAACCGCAGCGCGCUUCUGCCGCUGUCGUGUCUGUUCUUUCCGAGGUCGACUGCAUUGCAGAACAUGAUGACUGUCCCCUCGUUGGAGGAACUGGACUCCUUCAAGUACAGUGACCUGCAGAACCUGGCCAAGAGUCUGGGCCUCCGGGCUAACCAAAAGGCAGACAAGUUGUUAAAAGCCUUGAGAGCCCACCUGGAACAAGAAACAAGAAAGGGAAAAAAGAGUCAGGAUGAAAGUCAAACUCCCGCAGUCUCUUGGGAAGAGAUGCAGGUACAGAUCGGGGCUCAGGAACAGGCAGAGAGGGAGCCGGCGGGCCACAUCACCAAAACCAAGAGAAGGAGGAGGACUCUGCACAGCCGUCCUGACCCACAGGACCUUUCAGAGACGAAAACAAGUGACCCCACUGCAUGUCAGAAUCCAGAAGAGCCGGGAGACCUGGGGCUCAGCGCUGCUGUGAAGACUCCUCCCCGCAACCAGACGAACAGGGAUGAGAGUGCCAUGGCCUCAGGGAAAGGAGGAAUAGCAGGUCAUGAGGGUUCAAAGGUACCCUCAGGAAAAAAGAAGUCUCUCAACACUGAUGGGUUUUCUAAAUCUGCAGUAAAGAAAAGAAUUGCAAGCACUGCCACUCCAAACUUUAAGAAACUUCAUGAGGCUCAUUUUAAGGAAAUGGAGUCCAUUGAUCAAUAUAUGGAAAGGAAAAAGAAGCAUUUUGAAGAACGCAGUUCUCUGAGUGAAUUGAAGAAGCAGCCAGUCAGCAAGGCCGUGGUAGCCACUCCGGUGGCCCGGAGAGGACGAGUCUCUGAGGCCUGCACUCCUGUCAGCCAGCGGCGUUCUCAGGGUCGGGCCCGCGCCCCCAUGGCUCGAAACACCUCAUGUGUGAAGAGGUCAGGCAAGAGUUCGGCCACAAAAAUGAACGUCAGGUUUUCAGCCACUACUAAAGAUAAUGAGCAUAAGCGUUCACUCACCAAGACUCCAGCCAGAAAGUCUCCCCUUGUGACCGUGCCUUGGAGUACCUCGAAAGGCCAGUCUGCGCUUGGUACAAACAAGCUAAUGACCCCAAGAAGGGAUUCUGCUGUUGUUUCUACCCCAUUCAAGCGCAUUGCUGAAGCCUCAAAUACUCCCGUCUCCCAGAAAAAACCAGUGUUUGAUCUCAAAGCAAGUUUGUCUCGUCCACUCAACUAUGAACCACACAAAGGAAAGCUGAAACCAUGGGGACAAUCUAAAGAAAACUGUGUGAAUGAACAUGUAAGCAGAGUCAGCCUCCACAAGAACACGUACAAACAGCCUCGUUUCAAGACCAGGCGAGUAUAAUGAUCCAGUUCUAGAAUUCUCUUUGAAAGAUUGUAUUUAUAUAAAAGCAGAAUCUCUGGGUUAAGGGGAAUCUCAGUAAUGAGAUAGUUUAAGAAAAUAAUGGGACCAGAAAGAUAGAACAAUGGUUAAGGCACUUGCCGUGCAUGCUGCCAAGCCCGACUCCCCCCAGUAUCACAGGGCCCCUUCUGCUCAGCCCCCCUGCACUAGUAACAGAGCAGGAAGUAGUCUCCAAGCCUCACCAUGUAUGCUUAAAGAAACAAACUUAUAUAGAAGGAGGGUAGGGUACACCUGGCUGUGUUCAAGGACCACUCCUGGCCCUGUGCUCAUUGCUCCUGGUGGGGUUCAAGGUACAACAUGUAAUGUUGGGCUUUGAACCAGGGUUUGCCAUAUACAUGGCAAGUGCCUUCCCCCUAUACAAUCUCUCUAGCGAUCAAGGGAGUGGAGAUAAAAUCACAUGUUAUGUAAAGCACAUGUCACUAGGGCCCCGCCACAGUGGAUUCAGAUUGAGAAGGUUUGAGGUGGGGCCCAAGCAUCUGCAUUGUUUUCAAAGCUCAACAAGUGAUUCAGGGGCUAGAGAGGUAGCACAGUGGUUAGGGCACUAGCCUUACAUGCUGCCAACCUGGUUUCAAGUCCUGGCACCACAUGUGGUCCCCUGAGCCCCACCAUGAGUAAGCUGAGUGUGGCUCAGAAAUAAAAAGAAGAGCCCGAGAGAUAGUAUGAGGAUAUGGUAUUUGCCUUGCAUGUGGCUGACCUGGGUUUGAUCCUCAGCAUCCAAUAUGGACCCCAGAGCCCCACCAGUAGAAUUCCUGAGUACAGAGCCAGGAGUAAGCCCAGUAAGCUGGGUGUGCCCCCCCCUACAAAAAAAUAUAAUAAUAAAAGGAUGUGCUUCAGAAUGGGCUUCAGAAGUCAGAGCAUGCUCAUGCCUCACAGUUCUGCCUACCAUGGGGUCAAGUGUACAGGAUGUGUAGAUAUGUCAAGAGGUGGAAACCCUCACCCUGGGGAAACUGGGCCUUUAGCAGAGGCACAGGCCACUGGAUGGACUGUAAAGCCUGUCUUCCAAAGUGUGCUGGAUAUCAGUUUACAUGGAUAACUUUGUUUUGGGUCACACCCAGCAGUGAGCAGGGCUUACUCCUGGAUGUAUACUCAGGAAUCAUUCCUGGUGGGACACAGGGGAACAUAUGGGGAUCAAACCUGGGUCAGCCACAUGCAAGGCAAGCAGCCUACCCACUUCGCUAUCACUCUGACUCCAGUGUCAGUUUACAUCCAGACAUCAUAGAGAAGGUGCUCAAAGGACCAGAGCACGUGUUUUGCAUGCAGAAGACACAGGUUCAAUCCCCAACACCACACAUUCCCCCGAGCCUGGCCCCAGGAGGGACCCAAAACUCCACUAGAUGUGACAUUAGGCCAAUGGUGAUUUUUAAGAUGCUCUGCUGUGGAGUUUCACUGGAGCAUAACUCAUCCCUGUCCAUUUCAGGGAGGAGCAGCGCAAGAAACAUGAGGAAGAGCAGAAGGAGAAGAAAGCCAAGGUUUUGGCAGCUCGAAGAGGACUUGUGGCUAAGAAUUAAUAAUUUUGUAAUAUUAUGUAAAUAUUCUUUUAUUUUGAACUUUCUGUACAUAUUUUAGUGUUCUCCUUUUCAGUCACUAGCUAUCUUUCUGUUCCUCACUGACACUGUAUUGUGGGAAUGGGCUUUCCAUGUGCCACAUCUCUGAAAGGACAUUCAUUUCUAAAGACCACGAAUUCUUUAGAAUGGUUUUUAUGUAAGUCACGAUACAGCUCAGUUUUCUAAUUAAGCCUUCUUUAGUAGUUUGUUAACCUAGAUAUUUUCAUGUCAAGUUCCCUCUGUAGGCUCCAACCUUGCAGUAUCCUUGUAAGUAAAAACAUUUAUCUGAUAGUAACUAGUUACGCUGCAGGCUUUAGCAGAAAUGGAGCAAUAAGAGUAGGCUAGAAAGGCCUGCUUGUAAGAGGAUGUAUCUGUGGGCCACAGGAGGUAGUUACAGCAUCGAUAUCUUAAAAGGUUUUGUUUAAGCUUUUGUUUUGUUUAAGCAAAACAAAACUUUUGUUUAAGUUUUCUUUAAGCUUGUACCUUUGUUCUGAUCAUUUUAUGUACUUGCCAUCUUAACAAAAAUUAGAGCAUAUGCUAACCCUGCUCAUAAAAAAAAAUGUAUUUUGAAAUUUGAGAACUGCUGCUUUAAGAAUUACUAUACUCUGUCCAUUAUAGUUUUAGUUUAGGGCAAAGAAUUGAGUGGCUUAGUGUCAUAUCUGUAUACUUUGCACCUACCAGAAGCUUCUGAGUUUGUCCUGUUUAUGAUUUUCAUAAAUAAAAUUGUGGUAAGUUUAUUCUUUUCUCUUUUCCCUUUUUGGGUCACACCCAGCAGUGCUUUUAGGAAUUAAUCCUGGCGGUGCUCUGGGGAUCAUAUAAGAUGCCAGGGAUCAAACCCCAGUCAGCCAUGUGCAAGGCAAACGCGCUACCCACUGUACACUCUGGCCCCAGUCAGUUCAUUCUUUUCCAACAUAAUAGGCUUCUAAAACUUAGAUGAGCAGCUAAGAUGAAGAGAUUUAUGUGUAAUUCCUGGGGAUGCUCUUCCUCUCCCUUGCCAUUGAUGUUGAUACAAUGUUUAUAGUUCAUGAGUUAUUUCCUUGGGCUUGGUGCCUGCUCACACUUGUUUUGUUUUCUUGGGGCUUCUCCCAGCUCUGUUUAGGAGAAGCUCCCACUUUUUUCAGAGGGGACCAUGCAGUGCCAGGAAUAGCACCUGGAUUGGCCACAUGCAAGACAAGCACCCACGGUAACCCCUGUCCUGUAAUCUCUCUGGCCUUCCUGGGUGUUCUCGACUCUGGUGCUCACACUCUCGUAGCAGAGAUCCGACUUCUGGUGUAGGUGGUAUCUGGGCAGAACUUCUGAUCUCAUUCAUGCAGAAAGGCUUUGCGGAGCCACAUCACCCCAACCCUCCAUCCUUUCUCACAUGCCAAAAAGAAAUGAUCAUGUUCUCCUGUAUGUCUACAGCAUCUACAGUCAAAUUAUAUUUUGUUUAUUGUUACUCACACAUGAACCCAUGAAGCUGAGCUUACUCGUGGUGCUAAAAAAAUCCAGAUUUUUCUAUCAGAGGCUGGAUCUAAUCAAAAUACACUGUUCCAGGGGGCCAGAGAGAUAGUAUAGUGUGUAAGGCGCUUGUCUUCCGUCUGACCUGCAUUCAAUCCCCAGUGUCCCAUAUGGUCCCCUGAGCAUGCCAGGAGUGGAUUGAUUCAUGAAUGCAGAGCCAGGAAUAACUCCUGAGCACAGCCAUGUAUAGUCCAAAAACAAACAAACAAACAAAAUACACUGCUGUAAAGGAAUGCAAAAUAAUAUUACCACUUUGAAAUAUAGGUAAGUGGGUUCUUUUAAUUCUGUACAAAAAAGGAAUAAAGUGCUGUUAAACACAACACAAUAAGGAUGAAUCUCUGCAGCUGCAUCAAAUAUGGAGCCUAUCGCACCAUGGCUGGUGCUGGCCCAAAAGGCUGCCAAAAGAACACUAUGGCUCAUGGGCCCUGGGCCUCAGGGAUAAAUCUGGUCACAGGCAACAAAAAGAAUAAAGGGAAGAACCUCAAAGACCUGGUAAGUUUUAAGCCAGAAAAAAUUACAUAUUAAAUGAUCUUAUUUCUAUGAAAUGUUCAUGUCAGAUAAGUCUAUAGAGAAGGAAAGUGGGUGGGCAUUACCUGGAGCUGAGAUGGGACUGAAAAGUGAUUAUAAAGGCACUGAAAUUUCUUUUGGCCUCAUGAAAUUUUUCUCAGUGUAUUCAAUUAAGUUGUGCAAUCUGUAAAUACACAGAAAAUCAUUGGCCUGCAUGCUUAAAAUGGUGGGCUUUGUGUUUGUAAAACUAUUAAGAGAGGCUCUGAGCAAUAGGAUAGCAGGUAGACUGCUUGCCUGGCAUGUGGCUAACCCGCGCUUGACUCCCAACACCACUUAUGGUCCUCCUACCCCACUAGGAGCGAUUCCUGAGACACAGCCUGGAGCAAGCCCUGAGCACUGCCAGCGUGACCCAAAAAUGAAAAAAAAAAGAAGAAGAUGAAAACAACAUGAUGUCAUGCUGUGUUAAUCUAAAUGAACUACCAUUUAGUUUCAUCUUAGGAAAUACAUACUGAGGCCACAGAGAUAGGACAGUGGGUAGGGCAUUUGUCAUGCAUGCAGCUGACCUGGGUUUGAUCCCCAGCAUCCCAUAUGAUCCCCUGAGUACCACCAAGAAUAAUUCCUGAGUGCAGAGCCAGGAGUAACCCUGAGAAUCACUGAGUGUGACCCAAAAAAAGCUUUAAAAACAAAUGCGAGUGGGGGCUGGAGCAAUAGUACAGCGGAUAGGGCGUUUGCCUUGCACAUGGCUGACCCGGGUUUGAUUCCCAGCAUCCCAUAUGGUCCCCCAGCACCACCAGGAGUAAUUCCUGAGUGCAGAGCCAGGAGUAACCUCUGUGCACUGCUGGGUGUGACCCAAAAAGCAAAAAAAGAAAUGCAGGAGGGGCUGGAGCGAUAGCACAGCGGGUAGGGCAUUUGCCUUGCACGUGGAUGACCCAGGUUUGAUUCCCAACAACCCAUAUGGUCCCCCAAGCACCGCCAGGGGUGAUUCCUGAGUGAAGAGCCAGGAAUCUGUGCAUUGCCAGGUGUGA